CCAUAACCACUUGAUCUGCGACUGCACGGUUCGAAAGUGGUGAAUGUAGUCACAUACCGAUCACAUUCAAAUCGGAGUGCGAGGGGAGCUUGUCUUGUCAGAGAUAUAUGGCGUAUAAAUCUUGCACCAGGUCGGAGCGCUUCACCAUUCAAACCAGUCUUGCGUAUCUGCACGGUGCCCAGCCGCGCCGGUGACAUCGUGUGGAGCGGGCUAAUAGUACCUGGUCGGCGGGUCUACUUUCGUUCAUUCCUACACAUCUAUCUCUGGCCCAAGUCUUUACUGGUUCUAGCUCCGCAGCACAUCAUCGGCGAUGACGACUUCGAACACCAUGAAGCUGGCCGGCAUCUACAUGCUUGUCCUCGCAUGCUUGGCUCCCACUUGGGUGCAUGCGCAACUCAACCCUGCAACAACGUGCGAACCUGUGGUUCGCGGCACCAACUACAGACAAUGCCCAGCAGGAAGAGGGUCCACCUGCUAUGUGGAGGUGCUUGGAAAUAAUUUGAAUAACUUCAGAGGGUCUGGGUGCGGGACUUGCAAUCGACAAGGCAGCACAUUCCUAUGUACCGAUUUCACUUUCAUAUUUCGAUCUGCUACUCAGGUCGAAGUCAGGGUCAACAGUGCUCGGGUGACUAGGCUGAACGUUGCGACAAUCAUAGCCGGAAACGGUAAUAAUGCAAGAGUUUGCCAGACCACAGGAAGCCCGGUCGGCGGAAAUCCGUUCCGGCUCACAUCCCCGGCAGGAAACAUCAAUUCUGUCCGAGUCUGCUUCAACCCCGUCAACUGCGGUUACGGCGGUAGCCUGUGCGGCGACCCCAAGAUUGUGGGAGGCGAUGGCGUCAUGUUCUACUUCCACGGCUACAAGAACGCUGACUUUUGCCUCGUGUCGGACAGCGACCUCCAAAUCAAUGCUCACUUCAUCGGCAAGCGCCCGGCGAACCGCAGCCGCGACUUCACAUGGGUGCAGGCACUAGGCUUCGUGUAUGGCCCCAACGCUCUGACCGUCGGCGUGAAGAAGGUGGCGAAGUGGGAUGCCGCCGUGGAUCACCUGGAGUUCACGCUCAACGGGAAGGCUUUCACCGUGGAAGAGUCAUCGUGGAGCUCCCCGGAUGAGACCAUCACGAUCAACCGCAUCGGUGCGAGGAACUCGGUGGACUUGGUGGUGCGACGGAAGAUGGGAGUGACCCUGACCGCGGUACCGAUCGGACAUGAGGAGAACCGGGUGCACAAGUACGGCAUCACCGACGACGACUGCUUUGCGCACUUCAACAUGCAGUUCAGGUUCUACAGCUUGUCCACGCACGUGAACGGAGUGCUCGGUCAGACGUAUCAGGAGGGAUUCAAGAACCCAGUAAAGAGGGGCGUGGCGAUGCCGAUCAUGGGCGGUGCCGACCGUUACAUCACCUCUUCCCUCUUGGCCACCGACUGCAAGGUGAACCAGUACUCGGCGACGCCGGUCGAGAUGAAGGACCAGUCCCAUCUGCCCAACCUGGCAUCGUGCGGAAGCGGCACAUCCGGGAUCCUCAUGUGCAAGAGGUGAUGCGGAAGAAACCCUUUCGAUCUUCGUCACAAUUCAGUCCUUACUUGCGGAUUGCUCGGACAGCUUCAAUGCUCGGUGACCAGACGGUUGGACCGUUUGCCCAUUAGUUUCUUGUGUUCGUUAUAUGAUAGUAAUUCUCGACACUUGUGGAUCUGGCAGCUAGGGUUUGUGAGCUUGAUUCAAUAAUCUGGAUAAUUUUGUUAAAUGCCCAAAAACCAUUGAGUUUGUGUCUAAAUAAAUGAUAUGUUUGUAUAGAAAUUAUUAAUUGAUGUUGCGGCAGAAUUCUGUCGACCCCGGUACAUUUCA